AUGGAGCGUUCAAAGCUGUUGGGUUUUGUGGUCUUGAUAUGCUUUACUAUUCCAACGAUAUCAUGUUCUUCGGACAGACUGUUUAGUGGUUGGCCGAAGUCUAGCAGCGAUGAAAAUGUAAAAAUAAGGGUGAAUAUGACGCGCAGAUCAGAGAGAGAGUUGGGUUUUUCUGAGAGAUUGGGUUUGGCUGUGGAUCGAAGUAAGAAGCGAAUGAAGAAGAUAGAGGCAUUGAUAAGAGGGCAAUUAGACGCUGAAACGCCCGUUGAAGUAGGGGAUGGAGAAUUUCUGAUGAGCGUUGCACUGGGAACACCCUCUGUGAGCUUCGAAGCGAUUGUGGACACGGGGAGCGAUCUGAUUUGUACUCAGUGCAAGCCUUGCAAGGACUGCUUCUCUCAGCCUACGCCAAUCUUCGACCCCUCCAAGUCCCCCACAUUUUCCACAAUUCCCUGCGGUGGUUCUCUUUGUGACGCCUUGGGGAGUACACAAACUGGAUGCAAUCCAGAUUGUACCUUUAUGUAUCAGUAUGGCGAUGGUUCCUUCACCAGCGGCGACCUGGCUUACGAGACAUUGUCAAUUGGGAGCAGCAAGGUUAAAGGCAUUGCAUUUGGAUGCGGGCAUGACAACGAAGGACAAGGAUUCUCUCAGGGUGGUGGCCUUGUGGGACUGGGAAGAGGUGGUCUCUCCCUUAUCUCACAGCUGGGUUCCAAAGCAGAGAACAUGUUCUCUUACUGUCUUUUGCCCAUCACCGACUCUUCUUCACAAACCAGACCCCUCUUUUUCGGCGAGGGUGCUUCCUUGAGCGGAGGAGCCAAGACUCUCCCACUCAUCAAGAGCAGUAUCAUUCCCACUUUCUGGUACAUUCCUAUUACAGGAAUCACCCUCAAUGGUAAGGCACUAGAUAUUCCUCCUGGAACUUUCGAUCUGCAAUCGGACGGCAGCGGAGGUAUGAUCAUCGACUCCGGAACCACUGUUACCAUUCUGGACCAGGCUGCCUACUCUCCUCUUAAGGAAGCAAUUCAGUCCGCCCUUGAUCUCACUCCUGUAGACGGGUCUUCUACAGGUUUUGAUCUUUGUUACCACACAUCAUCGGGCAAGUGCCCCACUGGUAGCAUUGAGAUGGUGAAGAAAGCUAAGGAUGUGAAUGCUGGUACCUGUAAGAAACUUAGGGCUCCCUCAGAGGAUGUGGAUGCGGAUCUGGAUACGAAAGAGAAGCCCCUGCUUGGUCUAGCGACGAGGCUCCAUAGAAAAGAUAAGGGUGUGACCCGUGUUGACAACAUCAUUAAGAAAGUUCAGAAAAUCAAUGAGGAUGUCAUUCAGAAGAAUGACAAAUUGGUCAAAGUGUUGUAG